UGUUCCCCUCCAUCUCCCCGCCCCCCGCCUGCGUCCGCCUCUCAAGUCUCGACACACACCGCACCACAGCCCCCCCCCCCCUCGCUCGUUCGCGCCGCUACAGUCCCCCGCGCACGCCUCGCCUCCUCGUACUGCCGCCGCCGCGCGCGCGCCCGCCGCUCUGCUCCCUCCCCACUCGGCCCGCGCGAGCCCGUAGGCUGGUGGCGGCGGCAGAGGGGGGAUUCGGAUUGGGAGCCGACGCGCGGCGGGGUUGCUCGCCACCCCCCCCCCCGAGGGAGGGAGAUCGGGGCGCGGGCGGGCGCCCGCGGCUCUCGCCGGGCUCGGUUCCGCGGGAUCGCUCCGGCGCGGCACGGCCCAUGCCGUGAGUGAAGGCGCUGGCUUUGCCGCCCGGGGAAGAGAUCUUGCCGCAGCCGCAACAGCAGCCUGAAGCCGGUGCUCCGGUGGCCGAGGCCGAGCGGCGCCCGCCGACCGCCAUGGCUGGCAGCGACGAGGUCAACCGCAACGAGUGCAAGACGGCGGUGCCGAUCCACACAUGGGUGCUCAUCUCCAACUUCAAGCUGGCGUACAACAUGCUCCGGCGGGCGGACGGCACCUUCGACCGCGACCUCGCCGAGUACCUCGACCGCCGGGUGCCGCCCGACGCGCGGGCCCAGGAGGGCGUCUCCUCCUUCGACCACGUCAUCGACCCGUCCGUCGGCCUCGAGGUCCGCAUCUACCGCGCCGCCGCCAACAACGCCGCCCGCGCGGCCGCGGUCACGCUGCCCAUCCUCGACUUCCUCACCGGCGCGCCGUCCCCGGACCCGUUCCCGGUCAUCCUCUUCUUCCACGGCGGCAGCUUCGCGCACUCCUCGUCCAGCACGGCCAUCUACGACAACCUGUGCCGCCGGUUCGUGAAGCUGAGCAAGGGCGUGGUGCUGUCCGUCAACUACCGGCGCGCCCCCGAGCACCGGUACCCGUGCGCCUACGACGACGGCUGGACCGCGCUCAAGUGGGCCAUGUCGCAGCCGUUCCUCCGCAGCGGCGGGGACGCUCAGCCCCGCGUGUUCCUCUCCGGCGACUCCUCCGGCGGCAACAUCGCCCACCACGUGGCCGUCCGCGCCGCCGACGCCGGGAUCAGGAUCUGCGGCAACAUCCUGCUGAACGCCAUGUUCGGCGGCGCCGAGCGCACCGACUCGGAGCGGCGGCUGGACGGCAAGUACUUCGUCACGCUCCAGGACAGGGACUGGUACUGGAAGGCGUACCUGCCCGAGGACGCCGACCGGGACCACCCGGCGUGCAACCCGUUCGGGCCGAACGGGCGGCGGCUGAGGGGGCUCCCCUUCACCAAGAGCCUCAUCAUCGUGUCGGGCCUGGACCUCACCUGCGACCGGCAGCUGGCGUACGCCGAGGGCCUCCAAGAGGACGGCCACCAUGUCAAGCUCGUGUACCGCGAGAAGGCCACGGUGGGCUUCUACCUGCUGCCCAACACAGACCACUACCACGAGGUCAUGGAGGAGAUCUCCGACUUCCUCAGGGCUAACCUCUAGUACAUACACCACAGCUGCUGAUCUGAUCAUAAACCUCCUCGCCCCCCGUCCGUCGUCGUCGCCUCCACACACACUCCACUUGUUAUAGCAAGAUGGUAAGCUUGACUUAUACUAGUUCUGUCGUCUCAUCGUAUACUGCUGCUGCUGCUGCUGCUUGGGGAUCAUCGUCUGAAUUCCGGCCAUGGCAAGUACUCUCCAAGGACAACCUCCUCCACUUCUGAUGAAAGCUCUAGGAAAAGAAACCAACGAUGGUCACUUUUGUUUCUCUCAUCGUCGUCAUCGGAUGAAAUUCAGAAACCGUUCUGCUGAUCGCGAAGCCCUGCGUCCCUGGUUGAUGGAGAGAAGCCUAUUAUUUCGCCUUCAAUCACCCUCCGGCUCGCCCCCGGAGGCAAAUUCAUCUAACAUUCUGUGUACAGUGAUGGACUGAUGAUGGAUCAACAAGGAGGCGUGUGGCCUUUUUGUUGCUUAUGUUUGAUGUAGUAGUACUUUUUUUUCACUCUCUCUUCUGGAUUGGAUGGUGCCUGCGCGUACCCUCAACCUAUAUCUAUCUUCCCAUGUUUUGUGAAACAUAUGUGAUGUUUCCAAUCUAAGGCUAGUAGUGGUGGUAGUAGCAGAGGCACAAGGGAUGUACCACCCCCUCUUGUUUUCACCCCACUCCUAACUGCUGGUCUGGCCUGGCCCGGCCCGGCCCGGCCCUGUCGUCUCUC